GAAAAUAAUUUUCUUUUUCUUGGUGACUCUCUUGACAGCCAAGCAGCGAGCAGAGGGAAAUUAACUACCGUGAGUUUGCACCAAAUCUUUCCGCCUUUAACCUCCUUUGCAUUACGCUUCGAAUUGAACAUCCGAAUCCGAAGUUAUUAACUUUCAUGAGGCCCAUACAGCUUCCGGAGCCGCCCGGUCCCAAACUGCGCACGCCGGAAAUCUUCGAAGGCGGUGUGUACGGCGUCGUUAGGCGGGCCGUCGUGAUUGGCAACGGCUCCCCGGGUUCGGAGAAUCAGAGCAUCGGCUUGGUUUGCGCUCUCGGCCUCGCUGAUAAGCAUGUCUUAUAUCGGGUUACAAGGCCGAAAGGAGGAUUGAAUGAGUGGCUUCACUGGCUCCCAGUUUCUCUUCACAAAAAUUUAUAUUACAUUGUAAGACAGAUCUGUAUUUUAUUAAAGUAUCGGGGGCAGAAUGUUUUGCCUCAACCUGCAGAAAAUGGUGGCAGUGUGGGGUUGAAAUGUGUUUUAGAAGCUGAUGUCCAGCAGAUUGUGACAAUGGUUCGUCAGAAUUUUGAAAAGGAUGGACCUAUGUUGGUGGUAGCUUCUGGAAGGGAUACCAUUUCUGUUGCAAGUUCUAUUAAACAACUUGCAUCUGACAAUGUAUUUGUUGUUCAGAUACUACAUCCCAGGUUGCAUCUAAAUAGAUUUGACUUGGUGAUUACCCCUAAGCAUGAUUACUAUCCUUUGACACGUGAAGCACAAAAGCAGGUUCCUCAUUUUAUUCAUAGGUGGAUAACUCCACGUGAACCUCCUGACAGUCAUGUGGUUCUCACUGUUGGAGCUUUACAUCAAGUUGAUGCUGGUGCACUUCGUAAUGCAGCUAGUGCAUGGCGUGAUGAGUUUGCACCUUUGCUGAAACCCUUACUUGUUGUGAACAUUGGUGGCCCUACAGGCAAUUGUCGUUAUGGUGUGGACCUUGCAAAGCAAUUGACAACCAACCUGCUCAGUGUUCUUCCUAGCUGUGGGAGUAUCAGAAUAUGUUUCUCUAAUAAGACUCCUGAAAAGGUAUCUAAUGUUAUAGCGAAAGGGCUUGGCGGUAAUCCAAAAGUUUAUAUCUGGGAUGGCCAAGAGCCAAACCCACACAUGGGCCAUCUAGCCUGGGCCGAUGCAUUUGUUGUCACUGCAGAUUCUGUCAGUAUGAUAAGCGAGGUUUGCAGCACUGGGAAGCCUGUCUAUAUUAUGGGAGCUGAGCGAUGUACUUGGAAGUUCUCAGAGUUCCAUAAAUCACUUAAGGAUCGAGGAGUAGUUCGGCCAUUCACAGGUUCUGAGAAUAUUUCAGAGAGCUGGAGUUACCCUCCGCUCAAUGAAACCGCAGAAGCAGCCAGUCAAGUGCAUAAGGCACUUGCAGAGCGUGGAUGGAGAUUGCGACCAUAGCAAGUGAGUUGAUAACCAUUGUUACUUGUAGACACACUCAAAUGUUAUGUUGAAAGACACCCAUUGCAAGUUAAGCUUUUUGUGAUAGCACGUUUAGGAAUGACAGCUAGGCUGUUGUAGCUCUUAUCUUUGAUUCUUCCCCUUCCGGGGGGUCUUGAGAUAGAAUAAAGGCUUUCUCUAAUUCUGCGGCUUGUAAAUUACGAAGAGGGGCGAGCGUUUCUUUUGUCUAAAAGCGGGAUGGUUCUUGUUCGAAAAAUAAUUCAUUUGUAAUUUAAAGUGGUUUUCUAGAUUC